CAGAGCAUAAAAAUCACUACGUCUUGACCGAUUGUUUAUGACACUGUUGGUGUCUGACCCACUAAGGUCCCGCCCAAUCACAACGAAGUAGCAAUUACAGUGAUUGUUGAUUAGUUCUUCAGUCGUAAUGAUCCUGCUGUUGCUCGUGGCUCAUUCAGUUGCCGGGCUUCAAAUGGCUCCUCCCACCGCCACUGUGGAACAGGGCAAGAUCCAGGGAACCACCGGUAUCAAUCUGGAUGGCGAUGAGUUCUUAAAGUUCUUGGGAAUUCCUUUCGCAAAGCCCCCCGUUGGCAAUUUGCGGUUUAAGGCGCCGGAGGCUCCAGAUUCCUGGCAAGGAGUGAGAGAUUGCACGCGCGAUGGCAACACCUGCAUUUCCGUAUACGGAGACCCUUUGAAAAGUUCUGAGGACUGUUUGUACCUGAACGUCUUCACCAAACUCCUGCCGGGCCCGGAAACCACGCCCAAACCUGUGAUGGUGUUCCUGCACCCUGGCGGGUUUGUUUUGGGUUCCGGUACGCAGGAUAUGUGCGCUCCAGACUUCUUGAUGACCGAAGACAUCGUUUUGGUUACACUCAAUUAUCGCCUGGGAAUUUUUGGCUUUUUGAGCUUUGACGAUCCCGCACUGGGCGUGCCGGGAAAUGCAGGCCUGAAGGACCAAACCAUGGCCUUAAAGUGGGUGCAGAAGAAUAUUGCCGGUUUUAACGGCGACCCGCAUCAGGUGACGAUUUUUGGCAAUAGUGCAGGCGGCGCUUCAGUGCAAUUUCAAAUUUUGUCGCCGACGGCCAAGGGCCUGUUCCAUAGAGCCAUCGCCCAAAGUGGCUCAGCUUUGAAUCCAUGGGCGUGGGGCGACAAGAACGGACUGGCAGCUGCGGAAAAACUGGGCUCUCAAGUGGCCAGUGACACUGAAGCUUUGCAGCUGCUGAUGGAAGCUUCCACUGAGCAAGUGUUGAACGCUUCUCGCCAAUUUACUGAUAACUUGCUGGACUCCAGCCAAAGGCGACCUUUUGGACCAGUCAUAGAACUCCCAACUCCUACCGCGUUCUUGACCAGAGACCCAGUAGAUCUAUGGGAAGCUGGGGAGUUCAAUGAUGUGCCAUUAAUGCUCGGGGACGUUUCAAACGAAGGAAUAAUCUACGAGUUUGAAAAAUUAUUGAGCGGCAAGGAGCCUUCGAUUGACCCUGUGGAAGCAGCUGUAUCCUGGAAGUUUGGCCUAGAUAAAGGCUCAGACAAGUUCCGAAGCGUCAAAGAACUAGUCCGAAACUUCUACUACAAAGAUGGGGUUUCCAAGAAGAGUCUUUUUGAGGUUCUGAGCGACGUGCUGUUUAUAGAGGGCGUGCUUGAGUCGGCUAGACUGCACCUAAGGAAAACCAAACACCCGGUACACUUAUACGUGUUUUCAUACAAUUCGAGCUCGAACCGAAAGUUCCUGACGGCAAUGGGCUUGGAUGACACCAUCCAAGGCAAUCCGCAUGGCAGCGAAUGCAGUUUUCUCUUUUCCAAGCGGCUCCUGGGUAUCGACUUGGAAUUGACUGAAGACGACUUCAAAGCCGUAAGAGAAACGGUGAAAAUUUGGGCAAACUUUGCGCGCACUGGCCAGCCCCACCCGCUCUGGGACCCAGUGACGAUCAGCAACAAUCUGACGUAUUUUUACAUCGACCGGAUGCCUUUGUUGAAGCAAAAUCCGUUCGAGGACAGGAUGAAGCUGUGGCAGCACAUCAAGCUGCUGCUGUCUGAACAAGCCUGCUAGUAAGAGUGGCAAAAUUGCCAGCCACCAGUUCAAUUUUUCACCGGUUUAAUGCAGCUCCGGGUGAAUGAGGUCGUGACCUGGAACAUAUCCAUCUCGCUCUCAUUAAUUAGUGAAUCGGGGAUAGGUGGUGUCUGCGCCCGCCCGGGGAUCACGUUUGCCCUUAAAGCGGCGACAAGUUGAAGUGGCUGCGUUGUGAUCCUGUGGAACUUGCAAAUAAAUGAAAAGCAGUAUA